GUCCAAAAAACCCUAGGAAAAGUCGUUACGAUUUCUACAGAAAGAUGUCAAAAUCGAAAAACAUAAUUGUUCGUGUUCAGUCUCCAGAUCAUGGAACCAAAAGAGUGGAGGCCAGACAGAAUGAAACAAUUGCUGAUUUCUUGAACAAGCUUCAAGCUGAGUUUGGACUAGGUGACACAGGAUGGAAUGUUUAUAAAUCCAGGGACAAGAAAGACUGGAUCAGAACAUCCCGUGCUAGAACACUGGACUCCUACAAAAUAAGACAUGGGGACAUGCUGUAUUUAUUUUUGUCUGGCAAGACAACAAAAAAUCAGGAGUUCUCUAACAUAGGACAGAAUAUUACGGUAUCAGCUGGCUCCUCCCAGAUGUCAUCUGGUUUGGUUUUACCCAUACCAGGUCAGGGAGUUGUUGAGGAUGAGGUGGACCAGAUUCUGGACAAAGAGGAUGGCAAGAUCUACAGAAAACGCAACGAACAGCUAUGUCAUCAUGGUCCACAAGGAAAAUGUUUGCACUGUGUACCACUAAUGCCCUAUGAUGAGGAAUUUCUACACAGCUGUGAUCCUCCAAUCAAAUUCCUCUCCUUCCACUCACACUUACGUAAACUGACCGGCGGUGUGGACAAGGGGAAAUUUGCUUUCUUAGAGAAUAUUAGCUGUAAAAUAAAGACCGGAUGCACAGAACAUCCACCGUGGCCAGGAGGCAUCUGUACAAAAUGUCAGCCUAAUGCAGUUACGCUUAACAGACAGAAAUACAGACAUGUAGAUUACAUAAUGUAUGAAAACGCAUCUAUUGUUGACCGUUUCCUUAACUUCUGGAGGACAACAGGCAACCAAAGGAUUGGCAUUAUGUAUGGAAAGUAUGAACAACACAAAGACACCCCAUUGGGUAUAAAGGCCACUGUUUGUGCUAUCUAUGAACCACCGCAGGUAAAUUCAAAGAGCAGAGUUGAACUUCUGGAUGACCCAAAAGAAGACCAGGUCAAUAAAGUGGCAGAUAGACUGGGUAUUGGUCCAGUUGGCUGGAUUUUUACAGACCUCAUUGCUGACGAUCUUGGAAAGGGCACUGUGAAGCACUUCAGGGGAAAUAUUAAUUCACAUUUUCUGAGUGCUGAAGAAUGCAUCAUGGCAGCUGAUUUCCAGAACAAACACACCAAUCCAUGUAAACUAGCUACAGAAGGCCACUUUGGCUCCAAGUUUGUCACAGUUGUAGUCACAGGUGAUGCAAGUAAUCAGAUCCAUUUUGAGGGCUAUCAGGUAUCCAACCAGUGUAUGGCAUUAGUAAGGGAUGAUUGCCUGAUACCCACUAAGGAUGCUCCAGAACUAGGCUACGUUAAAGAAUCGUCGGACAAGCAGUAUGUGCCUGAUGUAUUUUACAAGGUCAAAGAUACUUACGGCAAUGAAAUAACCCAGCUAGCCCGUCCCUUACCUGUGGAAUAUCUACUUGUUGACCUGCCUGCAGCCUUUCCACUCACAGCACAAUACACAUUUAAGGCCCAUCUACAUACAGAGAUAAAACCGUUCCCUCCAUCCAACAGGGAUCAACUUGGGGAAGCUCAGGAUUUCAAUGCUCUGGUGAGUUAUUUGCAGCAGUUUCCUCCAAACCGAUUCCUUGAAGCCAUGUCCGACUUCCAUAUCUUGAUAUUCCUUGGAACCUCUGAUAUGUUACCAGUACAGGAGAAAAUUGGAAUGCUAUUAGAUGCUGUUAAAACAAAUGAUGAGAAACUUGCUUCUGAUUUCAAAAAGACAGAAGAAUGGGCAACAGUAGAGGAGAUGAUGGCUGCUCAUGAACCAUCUCCAGGCCUGUCCAGGGAAAGAUCAUAUGUAGGACCCGGAGCAUCUCCCCUCCCUCCCAUCGGGGCAUCACCGGGGACAUCUUGGACAUGUGCACACUGCACAUUUAUAAACUCUUCGGACAAAAGUGCCUGUGAUAUGUGUUCAUUACCAAAGUAAUUUGCAUCGCGUGUGUGUGCUUGAUGUCAAUGAACAACAUUUAAAGAUUGAAAAGUAUUUAUAUUUACUUAAAAGAAGACGAAAGAAAAGUCUUUUGCUAGACCGUUAACAAUGAAUGAAGUUUCACUAAACAUCACCUGCGCAUGUAACCCUAUUUACUUGUUGAAAUGUGUACGUGAAAAUGACUUGACUUCUGCAAAACAGAUAUAUUGAGAUCCUGUAAGGCCUUGAUAGAUUGUUUUUGUGUUCAGAUCCAUUUGUUAAUCAUUCCAACCUUCAGAUCAGCAGAGUUUUAACAAUACAUCAAUUUCUCUCUUUGUUUCUUCAAACUUUAAAUCUUUCAAACGUUAAGAUAUGAUUUUUAUCAAAACAGCUACUAAUCAGGAAAAAUCUGUAUAGAUGUAGUAUUUAUUUUCUAUCACUUAUAAUGAGUUCAAACCUUGUACUUCACUUAUUUAUACCUAGCCAGUUUGAGUCAUAUUGCACACAUUUGUACAGUUGUAGCCUUACUUGUUUCUGAUUAAACUAAGUGUGGAUAGGUC